GUUUAAAGAUGGCGACUGCGCCGCCUUCGUUCCUUUCCCUUGUUCGGGCAGCGUCCCGUGACGCCUCGUGCCCAAAGCGCCUUUCCCGGCUACCAAUACGCAUGCGUGGGCUCUAGCGCGCCCGUGCUGGGCGCUGCGCAUGUGCGCACGGAGGCCCGGGCCCGAAGAUGGCGGACGACAAGGACUCGCGGCCAAAGCUGAAGGAUCUUGCGUUUUUGAAGUCUCAGCUGGAGAACUUGCAGCAGCGCGUGGAGGACGAGGUGCAGGCUGGGGUGGGCCAGGAUGGCUCUUUGCUGGCAUCUCCAUUUCUCAAAGGGUUUCUGGCAGGUUACGUUGUAGCCAAACUCCGAUCUUCUGCAGUCCUAGGAUUUGUGGCUGGGACUUGCACUGGAAUCUAUGCAGCUCAGGUCUAUGCCGUUCCCAAUGUCGAAAAGACAAUCCGAGACUAUAUCAGCUCGCUGAGGAAGGGACCAGACUAGAGGAGAAUUCUUUGGACAACAGUGCACUCCAGAAACAUCUCUCCUCACCUUAGACCUCCUAGACAACUCUGACAUGAUCUUAAGGGGCCCCCCGGACUGCAGCUACAUGUGUCAUUCUGGCCCAUUGUAAAACAUGUUUAAUACCAGAUCAGUGUGAAAUAUCAGCCGGUCUGAUUACAAAAUAUUAAUCAGAAUACCCUGAAGGUAGCAACCGCUGCUUUCAG